CCGAAGAAGCCCAAGAAGAAGCAAGAGAAUCCCAUCGCCGUCGCCGUGUCGGCAUGGCUGGACAGCCUCCCGCAGAAGUUGAACCAAGACGCCGCCAUCAGAAAGCAGCUGCUCGACGGCGCCCCGAGGCGAUGGGUCGUGUACGAACCCAUGGUGCUGCUGCCGAGCGGCAGCUUCGCCGCGGCGCCGUGGCCCGCCCUGCUUUCUCUCUCCCACCAGCAACAAAAAAAUCCUGGCGCGGACCCACUGCUGUCCCUGGCGCCGCUCUGGGCGGGCAUCCUGCGCGAGGUGUCGCGGACGUCGUCGCACACGCCGCUGACGCACCUGGCCGUCAACGAGGGGAUCCCGCUGAUGCGCGCCCCUGCUUUGCAGGAACAAGAGCAGGAGCAGCAGGAGCAGCAGGAGCAGCAGCAGGAGCAGCAGCAAGAAAACCUGCUGCGCACACCGAGCGGGCUGCGCAUGCUGCACGGCGACUUUGGGCCGGUCCACAGCGACGACAACGACACCAUCGGGGACGGCAACUUUGCCUCCGCGUUCUGGGUGACGACCAAGCAGAACGGCAUCGUGCAGACGUGGGCGCCGCGGUGGACCAUGUUCAGCCGGGGCAACGUCAAGGAGAAGGCGCGCGUGCUGGGGUUUCCUUCUCGCAGUGCGGACCGUGCCAGAAGCGACAAGAGGAAGGCCACCGCCGUCGACCUCUACGCCGGCAUCGGCUACUUUGUGUUUUCGUACGCGCGCCUAGGCCUGCGCGUGCUGUGCUGGGAGCUGAACCCGUGGAGUGUUGAGGGCUUGCGGCGGGGUGCCGUGGCGAAUGGCUGGAGCGUGCGCGUGGUGCGGCCGUCACUCUCGAAACCCAACGGAGAUGACGACGAUGACGAGGCAGUAGCAGCAGCGGUGGCAGCAGGAGGCGAGCAGAUCGUCGUGUUCCUCGAGGACAAUGCGCGGGCGGCGCGGCGCGUGGCGGCGCUCUGGGCCCUCGAUGACACGCACGUGCUACACGUCAACGCGGGGCUGCUGCCGUCGAGCGAGAAAGUGUGGCGUGAUGCGUGGUCCAUCGUCGCCCGGAACCCACGAGGACGGGAAGAGGGAUGGCUGCACCUGCACGAGAACGCCGGGGUCGCGCAGAUCGAGCAGCGCCGCGCAGAGAUGGAGCAGACAUUUUCGGAGUGGUGCAGCGCUGACGAGGAAGCUACCCCUGACGACGACGACAGAAGCAACGGUAGCGAAAAAGCCAGCGCGGCCGUGGAGCAUGUCGAAUUGGUCAAGACGUUUGCGCCAGACGUCUGGCACUGCGUCUUUGACGUGUAUAUUACAAGGUCU